AGAAAUUAGAAGACCGUGAGUGAAGCGGAUAUAAUUAAUACUUUAAUGUACGCAGAAAUAUUUCCUUAACAAUUAUAUUUUAUGUGAAUUUUUUUAUAUAUUCUCAUAGUGACCAUUAAUAGAUAUCAAUUGAAACAUGAAACAAUCUUAUUUACUACAAAAUGUCUACUGAAAACUGCUUAGUUAAGGCAAUCUAUUCAUUCAAAGGCAAAAAUAAUGAUGAGUUAUGCUUCAAAAAAGGUGAUAUUAUUACUGUUACUCAAAAGGAAGAAGGUGGAUGGUGGGAGGGUACAUUAGGUGAAACAACAGGGUGGUUUCCAAGCAAUUAUGUUACUGAAUGCAAGGAUACCUCGGGAUCCCUAACUACAUCUCCUAUAAGAGCAGUUUCAGAAAUUCAGGCUUUUCGAAAUGUUGUUCUCAAAGACAUUAUUGAUUCAGAAAAGGCUCACGUUGCAGAAAUGCAAGGACUGGUUACAAACUUUUUACAACCAUUAGAAAAAAGUGAAAUGCUCACAAGAGAUGAAUUUAAGCAGUUAACUGGUAAUAUUGUUGAAGUGCUUCAAAUUCAUGAACAGUUCCUAUCACUGUUAGAGGAAUGUGCAACAAAAACUGGGCCUGAUCAAAGAGUUGGAGGGCUAUUUCUACAAUGGGCUCCUAAAAUAAAAUCAGUCCACCAGACAUACUGUGCAGGCCAUCCUAAAGCUGUUUGCAUUCUUGAUAAAUAUAAAGAGGAAUUAAAUAGUUGGAUGGAAAAUAACGGUGCAGUUUGCCCAGGUGUACUUGUCCUCACAGCUGGUUUAUCGAAACCAUUCCGACGUUUGGGCAAGUACCCUGCAAUGUUACAAGAGUUAGCAAGGCAUGUUCACGAGGCACACCCUGAUAGAGGGGAUACUCAUAGGGCUUCCGCCGUGUACAAGGAUAUAGCUAGUAGUUGUUCAGCCCUAAGGCGACAAAAAGAGUUAGAACUACAAGUAGUAACGGGUGAGGUCCGAGGCUGGCCGGGGGGUGAGCUAGCAUCUCUAGGGGAUGUUUUACACAUGGGAAGUGUUGCAGUUGGUCCAUCUCACCAGGACAGAUAUUUGGUUCUCUUUCCUUCGGCCCUGCUCUUAUUGUCUGUUAGCAAGAGGGUUUCUGCCUUCGUCUAUGAGGGAUGUCUUCCAUUGACUGGUAUCACAGUGUGUAAGCUUGAUGAUACUGAUUCAAGAAAAAAUGCAUUUGAAAUUAGUGGACCAAUGAUAGACACAAUAGUAGCCGUGUGCCAGACCAAAGCUGAGGCUGACAAUUGGGUCAGCUUAUUGCAAAAGCAUUCGAAUAUUAACAGCCCCACACAUGAAGCGAACCAGCCACACUCGUUGCCACAUAUGGCCAUGAGCGACAGCAGUAGCGAGCUCUCCGGUCUAACGAACCACAAAAGAUCACACUCAUUUAAUAAUCAUCAAAGUUACACGCAGCACACUCAAACGCCGAAGACAAAGCAAAAAAAUCAAUCGGCCCGCUGGCUUCUUAACUCCUGCGAUUCGCUCGACCAAUCACCUGCAAAAUCUAAAGUGCCAAUCGGAAAGAAAUACUCUUCUGUGGACUUCAUCGAUUCGGGCGCGACUUAUAGCAAUAAAGGUUGGAGUAUAACAUGCUUACGACCGGCGCCGCCCCUCAGGCCGCAGUCGUUUUCAGUGGGUUCGGACGAAAAUAUUGGCCCAACACAUCCUUACGCCCCUCAUCAAAGAAAGUCGAACUCGUAUGAGGAAGACGCUCUAAUUCUGAAAGUCAUUGAGGCUUAUUGCACCUCAGCACGCUGCAGAAAUGCUGUUAGCUCCGUGGAGUGCGGCCACUUUCCUCUCGGUAAAGUACAGUAUCACGCACACACUAACAAACCACAUUAUAAACUGUCGGUCGGGAGGAGCGGGACGCCAGAAUACACCGGACGGAAGGGGACUAAGGUAAAGCGGAACAAGAGCUCGUCUGCGGCCGACGGGUAUGGGGGGGAGACGAGAUGGCUGCUGGACAGGCGCCUGGAGAUGAACAGGUCGAACCCGAAUCUGUGGGAGAGUUCCGGGGAUUGGGAUAGGUUGCGAGCGGCGCGUAGCGGAUCCCACCCAAGCCUGGCGCGGCCUCACGUCCCGCCGCCGCGCCCGCUCUCCGCUCCGCGUUCUUCGGCUCGUUCCUCUACCUGGUGUUGCGGCAACUUUGUCAAACAACUCACUAAAUCGCAUCACUUUGACUGACAGUGAUUUUCUCGAAGUCUCGCUUUGACUCAUCACUAACAUUCUCCCACGAGUGCGUGAUCGCGAAGGCUUCUCAUUUAUUAACCAUCUUCAUCUCGAUGUGCAUUUGUGUCAUGUGCGCAUGAUUCCUUUCAAGUGCCAUUAUUGACUUCCGAAGCGUUAUCUAUGUGAACAUAGAUUUUAACCAAUUCUGUAGUGCAUGUGUAUUAUUAUUGUUAAGAUUUGGUGCAUUGAUAUUAUUAUAUUAUAUGUACGCUAUUUAUUGUUAAUAGCAACCCUAUUGCACGUAAAGUUCCAUUUUGUUGAAAGACUUGAGAUUAUAUUGAAUAAACAUGCAUGUGUUUUUAACUAAUUAGUAUGAAAUUUACAUUUUACUUUUAAUAACAAUUAUAUAUUAUGGUUAGUAUUGUUACACUUCAACUAAGCGAGGCAGUCAGAAUAUGUAUUAUUUUUUCUAAACGUAAUAAAUUUCAGCUAAAAUUAUUUACCGUAUCAUAUUUUUUGUUUGCGUUAAGACACAUAUCGAAGACGGCAUUUAUAUCGACAUGAGAAAUCAAGAGCCGUGUAAAUCAAUAAUUACGGUACUGAUUUGAAAAUGAUAUGGAUGUUGCGGAAAUUCGCAACACACUGUACCUUCGGAGACACAUUUAUAGUUAAAAUAUAGUAAACACGUUCCUUUUAUAAUAGGUAUAUGUUGUGCAUAUUAUAAAACGAAGGCCGCGUCACUCUUUACGCAAUAAACUUAACAAAACGGAAUUUUGUACGAUUCACCAAUAGAAAAAAUGAUUCCUGAAGAGGUUUAUAAUUCAUUUUGUGAAGUAAUGUAAUAUUUUUGUUGAAGAAGUCUUAAAAAAAACUUGUUGCACUUGGGCGAAAGCUAUGCCUUUAUUUAAACAAAUCAUACUUUUCCGCUUAAGACGCUGUCACUGUGAAAUCGUUUUAAAGGGUAUGUAGAACUAAAUAGGCAUUGAAUUAUCAGUUAAGCUUUGGAUGGACACAUUUCUACGUCGACAUUCGAUCGUAUACCGGAAACGUAUUGAAAUCGUAUUAACCGGAAGUUUCAAGAUCCCUUCAUACCCAAUUCAUGUAUAAUCAAUAUCGCUUUAAUGGUCUCUAGACCUUGAAUAAUGAAAGUGUUGUAAAAAGAAAACAUAUUGCUAUUAAAAAUACUAAAGUUUAAACAAUUUUAUUACUGAAUGAAGAGCGACUUUGCACUGGGUAGCAGAUUUUGGACUCGUGAUAUUGUGCUUGAAGGAUGAGAUUCUGAAAAGAGAUUCUUAGUGGAAAAUUGUCUUUUUAAAUCUUCUUUUGAGUCUAAUCGUAUCUUAACUAUCCCAUACAUUUUUGCGUCAAUUUUAUUCAAUAUUUUUCGCUAGCUAUAGUUACGGUCUUUUGUGCCCGAAACAAUUGUUGCUACAAUGAAAAUCCUCCAGGGGUCUGAGACAUGGUCUUGUUUGGGAAAGACACUGACACUUUGUCACGUGACCAUUUCCAUACAAAUUCGCUAGAGGGUGGCACGUGCUCAUAUAAACCUUUAUCUCUAUUCACAUUGUUUUCCGAAUCCAAUUUAAUACAGAAUUUCGUUCAAUUAUUUAAUAUAAAAUAAUUUUCUAAAAAUGUUGCUUGAGGCUACUUAUGAUAGGGAUACGGCCUUGCACAAAUUUUGUUGUUAAAGGCGAAGGCUCUAGCGGCGUAAUAGAAUUGACAGCGCUAAUAAAGCUAAGUAUUCAGUUUACGCUCGCUGCAUAAUCGCCGACUGCCGCGACGUGCAUACGUUUAAUAUUGAACAGGAGAGUGCGACACUAAAGUUGAGGUUCACGUAGCUUUUGUAGUGUUUUCAGUCAACAGAAGAUUUAAGUUCUUUUUUUUUCAUAUAACUGCCUGCGGGCUCACACCCGAUGAAUUCCUUCCUUUCCUUCCUUAGAGUAUUUCUAUGUUAUAAUUAACUGGAAAUACAAACCUUCCUCACAUCCACAUCCCUUCAUAAAAGUCAAAGUGUAAUCGAUUUUUUUCAUAAUGAUUUUUUAGUAUUUUAGUAAUGAAACCAAUUUUAUGAGUAACAAUUGGUUUCUUAAAUUCAUAAACUUAUCACGCCAUGCUAAGGCAAGAGACGGGCGAAGUCGUAGUUGCGGAACGUAUGGUAGAGCUUUUUAGACUAGCACAAGAUACCCAAAGAAAGAAGAACCAUGCUACACUUGUUAACACUGAAUUGACAAAAGUUUAAACGACCCUUGUAAAUACGUAUUUUUCAGUACUCGAAAAUUGUUUACGAAACCCGUCAAUCAUUCGCGAACUCGUAUGAAUGACUUAGCGGUGUAUAUUUAGAUAUAAUACGUACGUGUUAUCGACAGUUUUAAAGUACAGACUGAAAUUGAUUAUAUAUUUUGACGUCGGCGUAAAUGCUACCGUGAAGUACUUUUCCAUUCGGGAUUUAGGCAACAAAUACUUGUAUAAAUUAGAUGAAGUCAUGACUGAAUUAAUGGACUAAUUUCUCUUACUCUCUUUUUUUGAGUAGUUAAGUUAUGAGGCUGAUUUAAGCUUUUUGAAUAAUAUAUUCUUGCAACGCGUUUACUAUCGCCUACCUGUUAGUCUGACCAGGUAAAGACAAUUGUGGAUCUCAACAACCCUAAUGCACUGAGACAAGCUGAGGAUAGAGUGGUGUGAUGGCAGCACGUCGAUGUAUCGCUUAGGAUUAUUUAAGACAAAGCACGAGCUACAGUAAUAGAGUUUGCGAAGAAGAAGAAAUAAAAAAAAUAUGAUAGUUUCCCAAGUGUACCACAUUCUUAACACUGAAUACGCAUUAUCUCGCUUACCUUAUUUCCUCACAAACACCAAUAGGCUCGGCAUACUUUAACUUUAAUAUUUCUUCCUGACUGUUUUAAUUUGUUUUGCUUUUAGUUUUCCCAGAAAUAGGCCGCUCUAAAAUCCGUACUUUAACUCACGUAGCUGAAAUUCGCCCGCCUUCCUAUUGUUUUCAUGCUUGGCUGACUUCGGAUUCAACUCGUGUUUAAAUUGAUUUUUUAUUAACAACUGCUGACACAAUCUCUCAUAACUAAAGACUUGCCAACGUGAAAACAACUUUACUGUGUUGUAUAAUAAUAAUUAGUAAAUUUAUUUAUUGCCAAAAAAGAAAUUAAUUUUUUUUUUUAUUCAGUAAGUUAAUAAAUUGGCAGAUCGAUAUCUUUGAUAAUACUUAUUUGAGCUGUGACUACAAACCUAAAAUAUUAAGAUAAAUGAACUCGUUAAUUACGAUAAUACAUUUCUUUUUAAUAACAGUGACGUAGAUUAUAAUCAAAACUUCGUCUGUUAUAAAACAUUAGGACACACCCUGAGUUCGCACGAGUACCCUUGAAAAAUUACUCACCUUCCUCAUGAAGCAUUCAAGCACAUAUUGGUGAAAAUCACAAUAAACUUAGUAUUUAACCGUAGUUUUUAGAGUUUAUCGCAAACAGAUAGACAGAUGGUCGUGGUGGGUGACUCUUUUUUGUAGGCAUUAUCAAGCUCUACGUUUCCGAAGCCAGUAAGGCAGCGUUCGUAAGAAACGUUUUCCGUCGCCCGACUACUACAAAAAGGCAUUUUUAAUUAUCGGGUUUAUAUAUAUGUCACUCAAAAAUAACGUGGCGUUCUAUAGAUAACACAGUUAGGCGGUAAUUAAAAUCGGUUCAAUAGAUUCAGAGAUCCCUACCUCUUAAACUCUACUUCUUUAUAAUACCUACAUAUUCCAAUAUAACCGCUUUUAGCAUUGAUGUGGGUAUACUGUAUAGAGGUGGUUUUUCAUAGCUCCCAUGUAUGUUUUAAUGACGUCGUAACUGUAUCAUAAAUCUACACGGGAUAACAGCUGCGCAUCGCGUCUUUGUGCUCAUAUUGAGAUGGUUAUUUAUCGAUUCUAAAUGUGAUUUGUUGUCUACCACUAAUAGCACAUCCAAUUUCACACAAUUUCGAUUAUGGUCGAUUGUAAAUUUAUUACACCUUACUAAUUUGUUAUUGCGUUUUAAUUACAUUUCAAUUUCGUUUGUCCUCUACCCAAGGCAUCCCGUCACCCCAUUUGAGGGACGAAUUUUUCAGAAAAUUGCGGCCUUCAUCUAAGUUUUGAUCAAUGUUCUGAUUAAGCAUUCUAAUUAACUGGAUCUUUUUUCUUUAACAAUGUUUGUGUGUAUCCAAUAAUAUUAAAUUCUAUGUAAUAUUUGUUCUGUUUUUCAAUAUUUUGGUAACAAAGUUUUCCGUUGUUCGUAAGCUCCUUAGUCCAACAUUGAUCUAUGAGAACCUACAUUGCUGAAAAUUACUCAUGACUUGCUUGAGCAAACUUUGUUCGAAAUGUGGUUUUAACUUGAACCGAAACAAACGUUUGCCGGUACAGUCGACGGCAAUUUCCAGUCGCCUACAAAAUAUUAGUGCUUUAACAUCGAAAUUACGCGCUCAGAGAACAAUCGCCAUCAAAAUAUAUAAAAAAUGUACAAGAAAAAUAUUUCGAGCGAGUUUUUACAUUAAUUAGUGGUCAUCAACGUGGAGCAACAUCUCGGAACGCCACGCAAUUUUGCUCGUUUCUUUUCACCCGCUCGGAUCGAUGCCAAUUUAUCAUGAAACGUAAUGUAACUUUUUAAUACCUCUUCCAUAAGCGUUAAACCUAAAUUUUCAGUUUCCGAUUCCUCUGCCUCGCACAGUUUGAGUGUUUAAUGUAAACAAUUUUUAUGUUAUAUUUGGUGUUAGACUAGAAUGUUGCUGUUCUCUAGUCGAUAAAUGUAUUUAAAAUUCGAACAGUAUUAAAUUUGCUAUUAUUAAGUAGGGUCGCUUAUCCGAGCUUUUAGUGCUUCGAAUUAAAGCUUGUUUAUUAUAAAACUCCACCUCAAUGUAUACUUAGAAUAUGUGAUUUGUUACUCUGAGAAAUGUAUAACUAUAGAUACCGUGUGUUACAUACUGCUGUUUAUAUUUAUUUUUAUAAUAAAUUGUAGGUUACAUAAGUAUCAAUAAAUUUUAUUCAAAUGUA